AUGACGACGGACAGCACCCCGCAGCGAUUCGUGACCCGCCUCACGCGGCAAUCCGAGAUUCCGGAUAUGGCGCGCAUCCAAUACGACGCCUUCAACGAUCCUCACUCUACCAUGCCCGACGAGCUGCCUCAGAUCGCGGCUCUCGACGUGGACCCUACCGUCGGUCGCCCGCCCACGCGCGACGAGUCGAUCGCCAAGACCAUACAACGCUUCGAGGCGGUGUGGGCGAAGAACAAGUAUACGAUCGUCGGCGUCUACCUCCUCCCUCCGACCGCGAACGAUGUCGACAUCGGCGAAGGGAGCGAUACAGACUCGUCGAGUCUCCCGGAAGGGUCGGUGCUGGUGGGCCAAGCAACGUGGCAGAGGCUAGACGAACACUCGCCUUUGGACGCGCCAGAGAUGGAGGAGCAGGAGAAGAAGGAGCCCGUGCUGAUACACAGGUUCAUGGCCCAGAUCCAUCGGACCAGGGAAACGCUGAUGAAGGGAAAGACGUACUGGUUCCUGAAGGUGCUGACGAUCGAUCCAAAGUUCCAGCGCAAGGGAUUGGGGACGCUGUUGGUCAAGUGGGGAACGAAGAGGGCCGAUCGAGAGGGAGUGAAUGCUUGGUUGGAGAGCAGCCCCAUGGGCAAAGGCGCCUACCUCAAGGCUGGGUUUAGGGUGCUCGGUAUGGAUCGGGUCGACGAGCCACGGGCCAAGAAGGGGUACCUCGAGUGGCCCUACAUGAUCCACGAGCCGACGCAGUAG